AUGCAACACCUCGUUGACUUCGCCGGGAGGAAGUCGGCGCACAACCUCAUCCUCCGCGACAUGCUCAUGCUCGAGAACCAAAUCCCGCUCUUCCUCCUCCGCAGGAUCCUCGAGCCCCAGUGCGCGUACCCCGGCGAGGCCGGCGAGCUGCUCCCGCGGAUGGUCACUGGGCUCAUGAAGGAGCUCUGCCCGUUCAAGAUGGUGGACACGUUCCCCGCGAUUGAAGUCAGCAAGAACGCACACCUGCUCGAGGUGCUCUACUAUCUGCUUGUGCCCAAGCCAUGA